AUGGAUGAGUUUGCUAGGGACCCUUGUCCAUUCCGUAUUGUUAGUGAUUGUGGAGCGGCGUUUGCUAUGGGCACCAUUGGUGGUAGCAUUGUACAUUCUUACAAAGGUUAUCGUAAUGCCCCUUCUGGCUAUACCAAGAAACUAAUCAGCGCAAUGGUUAACAGCCGUCAGCGUGCACCACUAGUGGGAGGAGCUUUCGCUAUUUGGGGUGGUACUUUUACUGCAGUUGAUUGCACUUUAGUCUUCGCUCGCCAAAAAGAGGAUCCAUGGAAUUCAAUCACUAGUGGGGCAAUAACUGGAGCUGUUCUGGCUAUUCGUCAUGGACCGGCAGCUAUGGUUGGCCAAGCAGUAGUUGGUGGUGUAAUACUGGCAAUUAUUGAAGGUCUAGGAAUAAUGAUGAAUAGAUACGCUCCUAUGUUAAUGCAACCUCCACCAGAAAGUGCUCCAGAUCAGCAGAAUGAUCAGUCAUCUGGACCAGGAAGCUCUUCCGGCAGUGGUGGAAGUGGGAUUUUCAGUUUAUUCGGCUCUAAUCCCACUCUGUCAUCGUCUGAGUCUAACAGCACGGAAUCUUCUAGUGGAGGCGUAUCAUCGAAAUCUGGGUUUUUAUUUCAAUAG